ACCCGUACAAAUUAUUUUAUUCUGUGCAGAAUGUAUUGGUGAACUGAGCAAGAGAUAAUCAAGAAAGCAUAUAUAUAUAUCUAUAUAUAUAUAUACACUAUGGAUCCAAUGUUUGGGCAUAAUUUUGCAGAGAAGAGCAAAGAGAGGCUUCUCUUCUUGGGCAGCUUUAAGGGAAUAAACGACGACGUAGUAAUCGAUGAGGAAAGAAGAUGGGGAUGCUGUACGUGUUUCCAGUCGAUGAACAAAACGAUGAACAAGUUGUUGAAAGAUUCAGUUGAUUUCGCCGGUAAGGCAUGGGAAAUGGGCAGGACCGAUCCAAGAAAGGCCAUUUACGCCAUGAAAAUGGGCCUAGCAAUGGCCUUAGUUUCCUUGCUUAUUUUCUGGAAAGAUUCCUAUCAUAAUAUAGAUCAGUACUCUGUCUGGGCAAUCCUCACCGUCAUUGUCAUGUUCGAGUUCAGCAUAGGUGCCACUUUGAUUAAAGGGUUUAAUCGUGGAUUGGGAACGUUGAUGGCUGCAAUACUGGCUUUCGUCUUUGCUCAGCUGUCUUUACUGGCUGGGAAGCGGGGUGACGUUGUAAUUGUGAUAAGCAUAUUUAUAGUAGCAUUUUUUGCGUCGUAUUUGAGAUUGUACCCAACAAUGAAGCCGUAUGACUAUGGUUACCGAGUGUUCGUGAUAACGUUCUGUAUACUAAUGCUUGCUGGGAAUAGAACUGGGCAGUACAAUGAGGCAGUAAUUUCUCGAUUGGUGCUCAUUGCUUUGGGAGCUGGUGUUUGUUUCGUUGUUAAUGUUUGUAUAUUUCCAAUUUGGUCUGGCGAAGAUUUGCACACCUUGGUCGUCAAAAAUUUCAAAGGCGUUGCUUCUUCCUUGGAAGGGUGUGUAAAAGGGUACUUAGAGUGCAUUGAGUAUGAAAGAAUACCUUCCAAGAUUCUUACGUACCAAGCUGCAGAGGACCCACUCUACAAGGGCUACAGAACUGUGGUACAAUCUUCAAGCCAAGAGGAAACACUGCUAGGAUUUGCAGUAUGGGAACCACCUCAUGGUCGUUACCGAAUGUACCAAUAUCCUUGGGAAAACUAUGUCAAAGUGAGCGGUGCCGUUAGACACUGCGCCUUCACUGUCAUGGCCCUUCAUGGCUGCAUUCUUUCCGAGAUACAGGCCUCAGCUGAGAGAAGACAAGUGUUUCGUAGUGAGCUACAAAGGGUUGGGUCAGAAGGUGCCAAAGUCCUUCGUCUACUGGGAAACAAGGUUGAGAACAUGGAGAAACUUGGGGCCAAGGCUGGGGACAUACUCCAUGAGGUUCACGUAGCAGCAGAGCAGCUCCAAAAGAAGAUUGAUCAAAGAUCUUAUCUUUUAGUCAACUCAGAGAGUUGGGAAAUUGGAGGAGUAAUAGCUAAUACUACUAUUCAUCAUGAACUCCAAAACAUUUCUAAUAUUAAGGAUCAUAAUAAUUUUGGGAAGCUGGGUUUUAAGUCAUUGAGCGAGACAGUGCUUAAUCUGGGGACUAAUUAUAACAUUACAUGCGAUGAUGAUCAGGAUGAGAAGGAGGAUCAUGAUCAUAAAUCUGAUCAUUAUCAACAAUAUAUUAAAACGACGUCGUCAGAAGAUGAUCAAAUAUUUGUGUUGACCAAACAAACUUCGUGGCCGCUACCCUUGUCAUUUGGUAAUAAUAUUAAUGGUACUACUACUGAUCAUGAUGGUGAUGAGGGUAAUCAUAAUGAUGAUAUUGAGAGCAAGACAUAUCAGAGCGCGAGUGCCUUGUCUCUGGCUACAUUUGCUUCACUUUUGAUUGAGUUUGUGGCUAGGCUUCAGAAUGUUGUUGACUCCUUUGAAGAGCUUAGUGAGAAGGCUGGUUUUACAGAUCCCAUGAUUAUCACCCCAAUUGAAAACAAGGGCUUAUUAUCUCAGUUAUUUUCUCCUAAAUUCAUUCGGUGCUUUGGGUUUAAAAGUUGAUGAGAUUUUUAUAUAUAUUUAUUUAAUGAUCUCAUGUAUGUAGAACGUGCUAGCCAAUCUAAAAAAUAAAGAAUCAAAAUAUGAACCAAGUUAUUGCAUGUAUUAAUUUCAUAUGUACCUAAGUUGUUCGAGUAAAUAAGAUAAGAGAAGGAGUUUAUAA